AUGGAGGACAUCGGUGCCGAUCGUUUUCUGCUGCUCUCCGGCGCGUGCCCGGGCGAGGGCGUGUGGUGCUGGGCCAGAACGUACACGGAGCUUGUCGAGUGCGCGCGGACUGCCUGGGGUGCCGAUUUCAGACCCAUCUUCAAGUACAAGCUACCCUGCACCCUAACCGACGCGAACGCUCACACUCGCCGCGAGGUAGCGGAAGAGACGCCACAGCCGCAAGAGGAGGCACUCGUCGAGGAGGCUGUGGGCGCCGGCCUUUCGGCGUCAGCCCCAUCCAAGACCCGCCCCUCUGCGUGCCUCGUAGUGCUCAACGAUGCGGACGACUUCCACAUGUGGAGACGUGGCGGGGCGUAUGUGUCGGCGGCUGACCCGACGGCUUCUCCCGAUGCAACGACCAGUGAUGUGCGGGACGCCUUCGUCCAUCAUCACGGGUCACCCGCGGGCUCGGCUCAGGAGAUAAUGCACACGGUGGCGCACCAUAUGGACCACCAUCGGCUCACCUCGGAGGCACGCACCGCAGGAGAGACCGCAGCGACUGCUGCCGCGGGCGAGGCGGGCCACAAGGAGCGCGUGUGGAAGCCGCGUCCGCUCACCUCUACACUCUACGCGUUUCGCUCUGGUGUGCCGUCCACGGACUUCCCUCAAGCACCGCAGCGGCAGUACAAGGGCAGCACUGCAUGUAGCGAGAGAGCCCGCACGCGAGCCAGUCCGCCGGUGCGUCGCGCCGACGCGGACGUCAUUCAAGUUCCGCUGCAGUGCAUCCUGGACCCGGCCCUCAUCAUUCGGCUUAAUGUGACGGUGGUGUUGCGGCACAGCGCCGCGCCGGCGGAGGUGAUUUUCUUUUCCAGCCACACGCCAUCCGGUCAAGGCAUGCUUCCCUGGGGCGCUCUGUGUGUCAAGGCUAGGCAGGCGUGGGGGGUGCACUCACCCCAGUUCCGCUACGUCGACCUUACAAACGGUGUCACGCAAGUGCUUAUCAACCACGUCAACGACUACCGCGCGUGGUGGCAGCAGGGGCGGCUGACGAACUGUGAGCUCUUGGUCGUGGAGCAGGCACCAUCGGCGACGAGAGGCUCCGCGUUCACAUCUGCGGUGGCGCAGACGGCAAUCGGCCGUUACUACGAGGAAGAAUGGCCGGUGGAGCGGUACUCAUCUUCGAAGCACGUGGUGGAGCUGGUGCGUGAGUUGAAGGCGCUUGAGCAGGAGGAGAGGAUGGCGGCUGUUCAGCGACUUGGAAGAGCGGCCAAGGUGCUAGUCCACGGCGAUCUCGCAGCCUCCGCACGGGCUGCAACUCCGCGACGACCCACCAAUACGUCAUGUGAGGCUCCAAAGAUCGACGCACCAUCGGCAUCCUCUAGCGAGGCGGCAGCCGUGGCAUCAAUGGCAACGCUAGCGGAAUCGCGGACCCUCGACCCGUAUCGCCCACUGCUGCUUCAGAAGCCGCAGAAGCCCCUCUCGACGACAUCAACCCUGAGCCGCGGUCGGUGUUGCUCCACGCCGUCCACGGUGUCAUCCACCGCCACCACACCCUCGCGCGCACCCUUGACGACAGAAGAGAAGAUCGAUGAGGAGAUGUGGUCCAGCUUUCUGGACGCCGAGCGCUACGCGCGGCUAAUGAGCUUCGUCUCAGCGGAGCACCCGGACACUGCUGUCGUCUCCAGCGGUAGUGACCCGGAGCUCAAGGCAUCCAGUGAGCGCGUGGCGAGAAUUGCCCCUGGCGACACAGAAGCGCCGCUGAGACGAUCCCGGCAGUGGCUGUUUGCGAAGCGGACUUCGCCGGAGCCCAAGGGAGUGGCUGCGAAGGCCACGGCGGGCCACGGCGAUGGACAGGUGCGCACGCCUUUCACUGCCGUUCGUAAGGAUGCCGCGGGGGCGACUGCCACUGCGAACGGGGUCUCUGACUUUGGCGUGGCGGCCAUGAACGAGCCUGUGCUCGACGCACAUGUUCGGGCGCGGCUGCAUAACGCGUUGCUUUCCGAUUACUUUCGCACGCACGCGGCCUACCCGGUCAGUGCACGGGGGAUUGGGGCGACGCCGAUACGGUAG